AAAUAGAUAUAUAACCGGCGCCGGUAGUAGCUAUCGAAACUUCCAGCACUGAUCCUAGUGAUAGUUUCUUAAAGGUCUAUCUAGAUCUAUGUAUUUCCGUUUAAGUUUAAUAUAGUUUUAUAAAUUAAUACUAUUAGAUUUAGAUACCACCAUGUCUAACAUAGAAGAGGGGAUUGACACCUGAUCUAGUGACAUCACUAGGACACUGGAUUACUAAUGCAACAGUUUAAAGUUGCUGCUGAAGAAGUCACAAAACUUACAAGUGAACCAACAAAUGAUGAAAAACUUGCCAUUUAUGGACUAUAUAAGCAAGGUACAGUUGGUGAUUGUAAUACAGACAGACCAGGUUUGUUUGAUAUGAAAGGCAAGGCAAAAUGGGAUGCAUGGAAUGCGUUAAAAGGUAAAUCAAAGGAUGAUGCCAUGAAAGAAUAUGUUGCCAAAGUAGAUGAACUAAAGAAGGCUUAUAAUUAACUUGCAGUAUUAUUUGCAACAAUCUGGUUUGAUUAAAUUUCUUAAACAUUAAUAA